AUGGAGGCCCAGUGGGUGCCUAACCUCCUGGAACUCCCAGCACACACACAGAUCAACUACAUGGUUACAGACUUGGAAGGAGGUCCAUGGCCCUCCUCACCGGUGGAGGACAGUUACCGGGCCAACAUACUGACCAGGGGUAUGUUCCCAGGUCAGCUGACCACGGUGGGCAUGCAGCAGCUGUAUGAGCUAGGAGAGAGGCUGAGGAAGAGGUACAUCCAGGACACGGACUUCAUCAACCCUACCUUCAGCCCUACAGAGGUCCACUAACAUUGUGAGGACAGUGUCUGGUGGCAGGACAGUUCCCAUUCUGAUCAUUGAGGCAGAGUCAGAGAUCCUGUAUCCUAACUACCACGAGUGCAGACUGCUCAAACUCCUCAGCGGUCAUCGCUGGGCGGAGUCGUCCACUCUGCCAGACAUCGCUGCGGACCUGAGGAGCAACCAGAGUGCUCUGGGCAUCACUGCCCACCAAAGUGUUGACUUCAUCCAUCAGGGAUGACACGAUGGCCAGAGAGACACACGGCCUGCCCUGCCCACCAGUCCUGGACUCCUGGAGGAGCACAGUGGAGCAGAGAGCCUUGGAGAUGAUCUGUCACAUCUACGAACCCAGCAAGAGGGAGAACCUGCAGCUGUGUGUGGGUCCCCUCUUCCACACCCUGAUUGGCAACAUAAAAGACAAACUGCAGGGCUCAACCUCAGAGCUCAACAGGAAGCUGUUCCUCUGCCCACUACACCACUCUGAUCCCCUGUCUCAUGGCUCUGGGGGUUUUUGACAUGCGAUGGCCACCGUACGCCACUGACAUCACCCUGGAGCUGCAUCAACACAGGCAGACCAAAGAGGCCUUUGUCAAAGUGUCCUACAUUGGCAAGGACCAGUUGAUUCCAGGCUGUAGUGGAGUCUACUGCCCCCUGCAGGAAUUCAAGCAGGCCUUCUCUAACUUCUCACUGACCUCUGAACUCUACGAGUCACUCUGCAACCGCACAGAGGGCGCGGCCGACCUCUGA